AUGGGACCGAAACGAUCUAGGGGGUUCCAAAAUACAAAUAAGCCGGCCAAGAAGGCACACGUCGAAAGCGAGCAUGAUGCUACCGACACGGAGGAUUGGAGGACGCUGGUGCUGUCCUCCGAAAAGUUGAAGAACAUUUUAAAGUAUGAUCCGACCAUAUCUGACGACAAUGCAGAAGACAACUUUCUAUACAAAGCCUUGUCUUCCCUUCACACUUAUUCGAACUGGGUUCGGACAAAGAUGCCGGACUCCGAAGACUUUGUGUGGCCGACCGGUGCAAUAGAAGCAUUGGACGACGGAGAGAAAAUGCCACUUGUCAAGCUGGGUCUUGCUCUUCUUGAAAUCGGCUUUGAUCUUAGUAUUGUUUCAAUGGAAGAGAUGGCCCAGCCGGCGCAGGAACUUGUCAGGGAUCUGUAUCCGAAGAAGGAGCGCUCCCAGUCCCAUGAGGGACACCCGGAUGAUGACAGCAUCACCCGAACAGCCUUUGAAUGUGACGAGAUCGCCGAUAGCACCGGGAUCGCUCCCAGUCGGCGGCUGCGCCGGGCACUGAUGCAGUACAUGGACAUCUACUACGGCACCGAGGACGAAGCUGAUAAGACGAAGGGCGUCGGUUACCAUUCACCCUACACAUCCAUCGUGGGGCCGUCAGGUUCUGGAAAAACAUCCUCUGUCAAGCAUCUGGCUGAGGAUGAGGGAGUGUGGGUGGCGUACACCAGCCUCUCGCGAUCAGAUCUUUCCAUCCCUCGCGCAGGACCAAUCGGCGACUUUCUGCAGCACUGGCACGAUGAGAAGACGGCACGCUCAUUUUGGGACCGGUAUAUUCGUGCUUGCAUCCUGCUGGUAGAAGUGGCUAAAGAGCAGGACAUUUCUCCUGGGAUGCUGUUUCGUCUUCAGUACCACGAAGAUUUUGCUGCCUUUCGCAACGAAUUCGCCAAUCUAGUCGGCCGUUGGAUGAAUAAGCCGUGCAACAAGGCGGCUAUAUCCCAGCUUGUUAACAAGAUUCCAUAUAUCAACGAUCUGCGGAAGUGGGAGGCUUUUAGAAUGGCCUCAAGGAGGCAGCCAGAUCCCAGUUGGAGCGAAGCUGGGAAACAUCUUGAAAAUAACAGGCUCAUCCUGUGCGUGGACGAGGCACGAGGCCUGUUGAAGGUGCCUGCCGACGAUAGAAGGACGACCGUCGCUGACACCGGCCGGCCUGUCGCCUUCCGUCAACUCCGGCACGCCCUAUCACGAGCUGCUAAAGGCGUCAAAGGCCUUCCAAUCUAUCAUUUGUUUGGUGUCUUUCUAGAUACAUCUUCACGUGUCCAAAAAUUUUCGCCAGCGCUCGAACACGACCCGAGCAUCAAGGUUGGCGUAGGCUUCGAGCUAUUCCCGCCACUGUAUGGGAUAAACAACACUUGGGAUGGUAUGGCAGUGCAGUCUAGGGCUAUCCAGGCCUGGUUGAAGACAAUCAUCGUGAGUGAUGGCGCCGGCGGCGUCCCGCCCUCCUCGACGACGAGUAUCGUGGCUGGCCCUGAAAACACCCCAGAAUGGUAUCGUUUCUUUUACUCCUUAGGCCGACCGCAAUGGGGUGCUGUGAUAAACGCCAGUGUUGGCGUCGACGGUAACGACGGUAACGACAUUGAUGACGCCAUCGAUUUAGGAGCUGGCAUCGAAGCUGUUCGCGCCCUUGUGCGAACCAAACUAUACGCGAAAAAGGAGAUGUCUGUUACGGAAAGGGAUCAGUAUCACCUUGCCCUCCUAAUUUUCCGCAUGCAGUUCUAUCUGUCCGACCACAAACUGAGCGAGGCUUGCGUCGCGGACUGGCUACACUACGUAAGAAGCAUCUCGGCAGACCGGACGACAAUCCAGACGGUACAGCCGGGAGAGCCUGUGUUGGCGCAGUACGUUGCCACCCGUAUGAAGUCACCAGAGCUGCGUGAGGAGAUGAUCAUCAGCCUAACAAAAUCACUUCACUACGGAGCGUUGCAUGUGGGCGAUUCCGGCGAAAUAGUUGCGGGCCUUCUCCUUCUCCUGGCCUCCGAUGCUACUCCGGCCGACGAAGACAAUCCCAGAUUCCUGCACAGGAGCCUUGCGUCUUUCAUGCAUGCAUUUGUGGGCUGGCUGCCUGAAGACAUGCCGCCGUCUGUGGCAACCUCGCGUGUCUACGUGACACAUCUCGGCCGGUUGUGCACAAAGGCCUCCCGGAUCACGCAGCGACACCUUCAGGUGGCCUUCCUUACUGGCGAGGCCUGGUUCCUAUCGGUCGGCUUUGCUGGCGUGAAUCUACUUGUGCCUGUGUGGCAAGGGCCGGGAAAGCCCAUGACCGCCGUACUGGUGCAGGUGAAGAACAGAAAAGAGCCAGCCAACAUGACAGGGGGCAUACGGGCGGAAGCCCGCACAUCGGUGUGUGAUGGGCGUAGGAGGAUCGAUGCCCUCAAUGACGCAAGCCUUCCUGUGUACGGCCUGUUCGUAAAUCUGCGACCGCUGGAGCUCUCUGGCAAAGAUGCAAACCCUUCUUCGUCCGAUAAACAGGAGUCUGCUCUUGAUCACCAGCCUGCCGACGGCAACACGUCCGUGUUUAUCAAGUUGGGUUUUGCCAAUAACUCCUACCCAUACCUAACGCUUCGCGAGUACAACGCGCUCCACGGGAUUGUUCGGUCCCACUUCACCGGAAUCUCGGAAGACGACCCACACAAUAUCAAGUCUAUGCUGUUCACACGAGAUGGAUCGACGUUUUUGAGCGACAAGCAAGGGGAAGAAUGA